CUGUUAGUCAAGCAACGCUACUUAGCCCACUAAACUAGCCACGUAGCUUGAAAAAAGUAUAUAUAUUUUACCGGUUUCCGAGUCUUAUAAGUUCACACCUUUUUGAAAUUUUCCAUUAUUUUCAUUAAUUAAAAUUAAAGGAAAAUGAAAUUACUCUUCACAAUAGUCUUUUUAGUUGUAAUAAACUUAAUUAAUUGCGAAGAUAUCAAAGAAGAGGAAGGAGUUCUAGUUUUAACAAAGUCCAAUUUUAAAGAUGCUUUAAAGAACGAAUUCGUUUUAGUAGAAUUUUAUGCCCCUUGGUGUGGACAUUGUAAGUCUCUGGCUCCAGAAUAUGCAAAGGCAGCAAAGAUAUUGAGCGAAAAGGAUUCAUCGAUUAAAUUAGGAAAAGUUGAUGCUACAGAAGAAAGUGAUUUAGCAGAAGAAUAUCAAAUUCGAGGAUAUCCAACACUUAAAUUCUUCCGAAGUGGUUCUCCAAUUGAUUAUAAUGGUGGUCGACAAGCUGAUGACAUUGUUUCAUGGUUAUUGAAGAAGACUGGACCAGCUGCAAAGGAACUUGAAACUUUAGAGUCUGUAGAAGAGUUCUUGAAAGAUAAUCAAGUUGCAAUCGUUGGAUUCUUUAGUAAUAAAGAUGUUGAUGAGUAUAAGGCAUUCGUGUCUGCUGCCAAUUCAAUCGAUGAAUAUCCAUUUGGAAUUAGCACAAAUGACGAUGUUUUUACCAAAUAUGAAACCGAAAGCGGAAAAGUUGUUUUAUUCAAACAGUUUGAUGAAGGAAAAGCCGUUUAUGAUGGAGCUUUUGACGAUGAUUCCAUCAAAAAGUUCAUUUUGAGUCAAGCUAUGCCAUUGGUUGUUGAUUUUAAUCAUGAUUCAGCUCAAAAGAUUUUCGGUGGCGAUAUCAAAUCACACUUGCUCUUGUUCUUGUCAAAGGAAGCUGGACAUUAUGAAAAAUAUGCCGAGCCUGCAAAGGAAAUUGCAAAAGAACACCGUGAAAAGAUUCUUUUCGUUUCAAUUAAUGCUGAUGAAGAAGAUCAUAACAGAAUUUUGGAAUUCUUUGGAAUGAAAAAAGAAGAGGUCCCAUCAAUGCGUAUCAUUCAGUUGCAAGAAGACAUGGCCAAAUUCAAGCCCGAUAAGGCUGAUUUGGGAGCUGAUUCGAUCAAAGCAUUUGUACAAACUUUCCUUGAUGGAAAAUUGAAACAACAUUUGUUGAGCCAAGACUUGCCAGAAGACUGGGAUAAGAAUCCAGUUAAAGUUUUGGUAUCAAGUAACUUUGAUGAAGUAGCACUCGAUAAGACCAAGGAUGUCCUUGUUGAAUUCUAUGCUCCUUGGUGUUCACAUUGCAAACAAUUGGCUCCAAUUUUUGAUCAAUUAGCUGAGAAAUUCAAGGAUACAGAUUCAGUAGUUAUUGCCAAAAUGGACGCUACUGUUAACGAAUUAGAACAUACAAAGAUUCAAUCAUUCCCCACACUCAAAAUGUACAAGAAAGGAGACAACUCAAUUGUCGAUUUUAACGGAGAACGUACGCUGGAAGGACUCUCUAAAUUCGUCGAAUCAGGCGGUUUAGAAGACGCAGCUGGCGUUCCUGAUGUUGAGGAAGUUCCAGUUGAAGAUGACACGCCACAAAAAGACGAGUUGUAAAUUGAGGUCAUUAUUUUUUAAAGAAAUACUUUCAUUUAUAAAUAAUUAGAAUCACAAUUAGUUGCUGUAUAUUUUUUAAAUUGUGAAAUGAUAACUUUACAUUUAUCAAUUACAUUCUUCAUCAAAAUAAUAAGGUUCUUUUUGAUAACAAAAACAUUCGAUAUUCCUUUUUCCAUACUUAAAAAUGUAUUAAUGCUCAAAUUUUAGAGACAAAAAAAAAUAUGAAGAUAAAAAAGAAAUCAAAUAAAAUAAAAACUUAAUAGUGAUCUCUUUAUGGAGUUUUGAAAGAUGUUUUCUUUUUUUUUAAAUAAAGCUUCAUUCAAAAUAUUAAAAAAUAUAUUUUUCUCAAUAAAUUUCGUACGAAAGAGUUUUAAACACA